CGGAAAACGUGAUUUCCCGUUUGACAGGGAUUGUACGGAGGGUUUGCCCUUUUUAAAACACGUUAGAUUUUUAAUCUCCAGUUAGGGUUCUUCGACUGACAUGGCGAAGCGCAAGGAGGAGAGCUGGGAAUCGCGCAUUCGAACGCUUCACACGGAGCUGGCGGCGAUUCGCGAGCGGUUCUCGCUGCCAGAGAAGAAACCGCGGAUUGAGGCUGCCCCUGAGGAGAAAGCAGCGAUUCUGGAUCAAGAGCCAGCGGCACCAAUCGAAGAACUGGCCCGUGGAGAGGACGAAAGGCAAGAGGAUUUCCCAGACGAUGUGAUUUUUCUUUCUCCGGGGAAACUUUACAGGGAAAUAGUGGACCUCGAUCCGGACAGUCCGUUAUCGUCCCCAAGAACUUGUCCAGACGUUAUAAUCCUUCCAGCUCCCCCGGUGGUUGCAAAGAAAAGUUCUCCAGCGCCAUCAGAUCGUAGUGGAAGUUCCCGAGCUCCUCCAGACGUUAUAAUACUUCCAGCUCCUCCGGUGGUUGCGAAGAAAAGCUCUCCAGCGCCAUCAGAUCGUAGUGGAAGUUCCCGACCUCCUCCAGUUGCUGUUGAUCAUGGUUUUCGAGCUUCUCCAGCUGAUCAAAGUUCUCCGGCUGCUCCGGAAGGUUCUCUAGCAGCAGCUCUGCCGGUCCGUCGUCAAGCUCCUCCAGAUCAAAGUUCGCUAGACGGUAUAGAAGCUAUUCCAAGGGAUCAAAGUUCUCCAGCUCCUCCCAAAGCUAUAGUAGGGGACCAGAGUGCGGCAGCUCCUCGUAAUCGAAGUCCUCGGGGUCUUCUCGCGAAUCAAAGUCCUCGAACUGAUCAAACUUCUCGAGAUCCACAAAGUUCGCCAGCUCCUGCGGAAGCUACUCCAGUGGAUUCCCCAGUUCGUCGGACGCGAAGUUUUCGGGCUCCUCCUCCACCUCCUGCGGUCGACCAAAGUUCUCGAGCUCGUCGGCGCUGUUCAGAUAAGGAUGUAAACCUUCUUCCAAGUUCUCCACCUCCUCCACCACUUGUUCGAUUUUCUUCAGCUGAUCAAAGCUCCCGGGAUCAAGGUCUCGAAGCUCUUCCUCGACCAAGGCGCAUAAAACAGCCACCUAUGGAGGAUCUAAGCUCUCCAGCCUCUUCAGCCAAGCCAGUGUCUUCUCCACAUCCCAAGAACAAGUCGACGUUGCAUGGAUUUGUCAGCGUGUUCCUCCCGGUGCUAAAGGACGUGCCUGACUGGGUUUCCGGGCCUUACCAGGAAUUCAAGGACGAUUCAAUACGCCUGUGCAACAAGUGUCUGUCACUCUGCGAGUGGAUCUAUUUCCUGACCAAGGAAGACAGGGAACUGUGCGCUGCCUGCGUGAAAGAAGAAGGCUGCUGUGAAUCCUCCAAUACUUUUCUCCGGGAGGGCGUGGUCCAGUACUUGAGCGCGCUGGACUCGGCUGCCUCGGCGCUCAUCACGGCACCGCCGUCUCUCGCGAUCGAGGAGGAGAGCCAGAGCAAGUCCGAUCUGGCGGAUGAAGAGAGAAAGACGAGGACGCUCCGCCUGAUGAGAAGGCUCAUCAACAACGGUUACGAAGAGGACGCAUCGUCCACUGUGACGCUCGGCAGCUUCGUCCAGUCCUACAAUGCGCUCAAUCACGCCAAGAUCUCCAAUAAGCUUGCGGCGCUGGCUCUUGAUCUGUUGGGCUUUGCCUGUGAUCGCUCUACUGGGCUUGUACAAGGCCUGAAGAGUUAUGGAUUACGAGUACUUGCCCAGCAAAUGCUGGGUGGUUUACAAAGAGGUUUAAUAUGAAACUUCUUUAUAUACAGUAAAACAAAAGGAUCUUGAGGAAGGAGGCAGCCCUGGCAUGUGGUGUUUUGAACUUUAAUUCCAAGUCAAAUAGUGAUGUGCAUUUUGAUAAA